UAACCUAGGCACUCAUGACCAUCAUCUGGGCUCAGCACAGGCUCAUGAGCAUCACUUGGAUAUGGGAGAUAACAGGGAUGACCUAGGUUUAGACCAUCCUCAUGACCACGAAUUGGGUUUAGAACAGGACCAAGACCACGAAGGAGAUGAUGGUCACAGCUACAGACAUGAAAAUGAGUUAGGUAUGGACCGGAAACCUGAUCUGGAUGACCAUGGAUUGUCUAUUCCUCCUCAGAACCAUGACUUGGUUUUAGUUGAGAAUAAUGAGCUGGCUGUCUCAGACGAUCAAGAACUUGAAGGAAGUAUGGAACUGGCCAUGGAUCAACAUCAUGAAAUGGGCAUAGAAUCUAUGCAUGAUAUGAGUAUCCAGGACUCCCAGCUGGCACUUAGCCCCAAUCCCGUACUUCAGGCUCGUAUGGCUGUUGCAAAUCCUCAUUAUGAGUUGGUAGUGGGGCAAGAAUUUCCUGAUGUCAAGAGCUGCCGGAGAGCUUUGAGGGACACAGCUAUUGCCCUGCACUUUGAAAUGCAGACUAUUAAAUCUGACAAGACUCGCUUCACUGCCAAGUGUGCCAGUGAGGGAUGCCCAUGGCGUAUACAUGCUGCAAAGCUCCCAGGAGUUCCAACUUUCACAAUCAGGACCAUCCACGAGACUCAUACAUGUGGAGGAAUUUAUCAUCUUGGUCAUCAGCAAGCCUCUGUUCAGUGGGUUGCAAAUUCUGUGGAGCAACGACUUAGAGAGAACCCAAAUUACAAGCCAAAGGAGAUACUGGAAGAGAUUCACCGAGUUCAUGGUAUCACCUUAUCAUACAAGCAAGCUUGGCGAGGCAAGGAGCGCAUCAUGGCAGCAAUGCGUGGAUCAUUUGAAGAAGGGUAUCGCUUGCUUCCAGAAUAUUGUGAACAGGUCAAACGAACUAACCCAGGGAGUAUUGCAUCUGUUUAUGGAAACCCGAGUGAUAACUGCUUCCAGCGCCUCUUCAUAUCAUUUCAGGCAUCAAUUUAUGGUUUCUUAAACGCUUGUCGGCCCCUCCUCGGGCUUGAUAGGACACAUUUGAAAAGUAAGUAUCUGGGUACUUUGCUUCUUGCUACCGGUUUCGAUGGUGACGGUUCUCUAUUUCCUGUGGCAUUUGGGGUUGUAGACGAGGAGAGUGAUGAGAAUUGGAUGUGGUUUCUUUCUGAGCUUCAUAAUCUGCUUGAGCUUAAUUCAGAGAACAUGCCUAGGCUUACCAUUUUGUCAGACAGGCAGAAAGGCAUUGUAGAUGGAGUUGAAGUAAACUUUCCUACUGCUUUUCAUGGAUUUUGCAUGCGUCACCUGAGUGAUAGUUUUCGUAAGGAGUUUAAUAACACAAUGCUCGUUAAUCUUCUAUGGGAAGCUGCUCAUGCUCUCACUGUAAUUGAAUUUGAAGCAAAAGUUUUAGAGAUAGAAGAGAUAUCUCAAGAUGCUGCAUAUUGGAUCAGACGAAUUCCACCUCGCUUAUGGGCUACUGCUUACUUUGAGGGAACACGGUUUGGGCAUUUGACAGCUAACAUAGUUGAAUCCUUAAAUACUUGGAUAUUGGAGGCCUCUGGGCUUCCAAUUGUUCAGAUGAUGGAAUGCAUCAGAAGGCAGCUAAUGACUUGGUUCAAUGAACGUCGAGAGACCAGUAUGCAGUGGACAUCUAUUCUUGUUCCUUCCGCAGAGAGGCGUGUUGCGGAGGCUCUUGAGCGGGGGCGCACCUAUCAGGUUCUUCGUGCUAAUGAAGCUGAAUUUGAAGUCAUUUCUCAUGAAGGGACAAUGAUUGUGGACAUUCGAAAUCGUUGCUGCCUUUGUCGUGGCUGGCAGCUUUAUGGUUUGCCAUGUGCCCAUGCUGUUGCAGCACUUCUAUCUUGCAGGCAGCAAGUCCAUCGGUUUACUGAGAGCUGCUUCACUGUUGCAACCUAUCGGAAGACAUACUCACAAACAAUACAUCCAAUUCCAGAUAAAUCCCUAUGGGCUGAGACGUUAAGGGUAGAGGGAGAAGAUCCCAAUGCAAGCAGUGCUCUUUCUGAGGUUCUAAUCAAUCCUCCGAAGUCACUCCGGCCACCAGGUCGACCAAGAAAGAAGCGUGUCCGAGCAGAGGACCGUGGCCGAGUGAAGCGAGUAGUGCAUUGUAGUCGCUGCAAUCAAACAGGCCACUUCAGAACCACAUGUGCCGCCCCUAUAUAGAUGGUUUGCUAAGCAAUCUGGAAAAAAUCUAUCCUUCUGGCUGGCUUGUUUAUCUUGUUGCGCAAUCUGCUGGCUUGAAUGAGACUGUCAUUCUCUCAAGGUCAUAACCGAUCAAGAAAUUUGACUGAGCAAAGUUUCCGAUGAUACCGCCAUCACUAGCAACACCUUGCAUUGCGAAACAGAAAACCCCAUCUUUUGGUGGAAUAAAGGUCUGUAUUGGUGUUAGCACAAUGUU